UUACUAGAACUUUUGUUGGGAACAGAAUAUUAUAAUUAAAAAUAAAUUAAAAAAAAAAGAAGAAAACUUUUGGUUAUUAUUGGAAUUGGCCGGCUACUAGGGGGUCCAACACUACAGAUUCUUCAUUUGCCUUUGUCUUUAACACGUGUAUAGUACCUAUUGGCUAUUGUAGAAGUUUGACUAAAUUAAUUAAUAAAAUAUUCUUCCAGUGCGGAAAAACAUUUCCUUUUAAUUGUACUAUUUGUUAGUAGUUCCCCUGCAUUAUAAUCAGUUUUUAUUAGAAUGAGAUACUAAUUUACAAAUUGGGAAAUUUCCUUUCUCUUUUAGUGGAAUCAUUACAUACAGACUUCUAAACUUUUGCAGUGCCAUCCCAAUUUAGUUAGUUAGAUACAGAACCAGUCAGUUUCAGUUACUACAAAAUCCUUUUUGAUCGUCACAGUAAAUAAAAGAACACUUUACAAAUCAACAAAAAGCCCUUUCGGUAUAGUUGUCAGAUUCUUCCUCUGUCAUAGCAGAAUUCCCUUUAUGCUUCAUCGUCAGCAUCCACAUAAUAUUAGGAAACCCAUUUCUUCUUUUAUUCCUUUCUUUCUUUUUUUUGUUCAGGUGGGUUUGGCCUUCAUUGUUCCAGAACCAGAAUUGUUCACAAAUUUCUGCAGGGCUGACUCAUAAUUGUAUUUGGGUUUGAAUCACUGAGUGCUUGGAAUCCCACUGAUGACUGAUAGCCUCUUUUAGUUUCUUAGUGUUGGCAGUCUGAAAUUGAUGAAGUUUGCGUGUCUUCUCUGUUAAAGCAAUGGUUUUGUUGAAGAAUUAAGAAGUUCUCUUGUGAUUGUAGGGCACUUAAAUAUUCUGGAGUGAUUGCCGGGUUUUAAGCCAUUGUCACAUUGCUUGCUAUAUUCGAUUGAAGUUUGAUGAUACAAUGCAGCUAUAUCAUCACCCAUAUUCUUUGGACAGCCAGAAAGUAAGGCUUGCUUUGGAAGAGAGGGGAGUUGACUAUACUUCGCACCGUCUCAAUCCCAUCACGGGCAAGAAUUUGGACUCCUUUUACUUCAGGUUGAAUCCCAGUGCAAAACUUCCCUUCUUCCAGAAUGGUGCACACACCAUCUUUGAAACCAUUGAGAUUAUCAAGUAUGUAUACAUUUUGCUAAUGGUUUAUGUAAUUUCCCAUUAUAUCUUGUGAUUUUCCCUCAACUCUUAGUGCUUAAAAUUUUGGUCGAAUUGUCUAGGUUUGUUCAUUAGAUGCACUAAAUGAGUUGUGUGCUGUAUUAUGUACAGGUACAUAGAUAGAAUUGCCAUGGUAUCGUCUGGCGGUCAUAACUUCACACCUGCAAGCCAAGAAGUCAUGGAAUGGAUGAAUAAAAUUCAAGAGUGGAAUCCAAAGUAUUUCACCCUCUCACACAUUCCCGUCAAGUAUCGCACUUUUGUGUCCAAAUUCUUAAGGCGUGUCAUAAUCGCUCGGAUGGCGGAGUCUCCUGACCUGGCGAGUGCAUAUCAUCGAAAGUUGCGAGAAGCAUAUGAGACUGAAGAGAAGUUGAGAGAUGCUGAAGUUGUGAGCCGAAGUGAAGAACACCUCGCAAGGCUUCUCGAUGAAGUGGAAUCCAAGUUAAGUGAAAGCACUUACCUAACCGGGGACGAGUUCAGUUUGGCAGACGUGAUGCUUAUCCCUGUGCUGGCUAGACUCUCGCUCUUGGAUCUGGAAGAAACUUACAUCAUCAGCCGUCCUAACAUAGCAGAAUAUUGGUUCAUGGUGAAGCAGAGACCGAGUUACAAAAAGGUUAUCGGAAGAUACUUUGAUGGAUGGAGGCGGCAAAACAUGCUGAUCAAAACAUGGUGCUAUCUUCGCGUGAGAACUAUGCUGCGAAGAUAUUGAUGGGCAUCAUAGUUACUGUAACUUGUACCUAAUAGUUUUAGUUUUGAACUUGUGCCGUUUGGAUUUGCCAUAGCUGUGAUCUAGGCAAUUAAAAUUGGUAUAGACUGUAUAUGCAUUCCUGUAAAGAUUUCUUUCAGCUACAAUACGCUAUAAUCAGUUUCCCAUCAAGAAGAUUGCUAAGUGCUUUCGUGAGACAUGUUUUCUGGUGAUAUCUGUUAAUUUACCUCAGUUCAAUAUUUUGUUUCAUUACUUCAUUUUUAUAUAUAAGCCUGGCUGACAAAUGUUAUAGGUUAACAUUGGGACAGAGGGAGUAAGAAACAGUUGGAAUAAGAAUCUGAUUUAACAAGAG